CUUCCUCUCUCAGUCCAUCCCCAACGGGAGCAGCUAGAUCAUACUUCUGUUUCCUCCAUCCCUCUCCCACCACCAUGCCGGCCAUAGUGAACCUGCUCUUCAAUACGGUGUCUACCAACACCACCAUCUCCUUCUCCCUGGUGCUGCCUCUGGUCAGCGUCCUCUCCCUCCUGGUGGGGGUCGGAGGUCACCUACUCAUGUGGCUGGUGCUGAUGCGUAACCCUCGGCGACGCUCCAAACCUAGCUCCGUGCUGCUCCUCAACUUGAGCCUGGCUGACAUGGGCGCCCUGCUCACCCUGCCCUGCGUCCUACUCAGCGCCAGCUCCCAGGACUGGCAGCUAGGGGGCGGUAUCUGUGUGCUGCUGGGCUUCAUGACCUCCCUGACGGCCGGAGUGGAUAUAUUUAGUCUGGCAGCCUUGUCGGUGCUCAGGUACCGCAUAGUGGCCCCACCUGCUAGACCGCCCGCCAGUCCCACACAAGUAGCCGGCAUCGUGGCAGUGAUCUGGUUAGUCUCUGUCACCAUGGCCCUUCCCAAGGUCACAUACAUCCAGUUUGACAGUGGCUGUACAUGGUCUGUGGGGCGUGGCCAGUGGCUGGGCUUCCUGGUGCCAGCCUUCCUGGUCUACUACGUGGCUCCGCUCCUCUGCAUUGCCCUCAACUGUGGCCUCAUCAUCACCCAUCUCCACCGCUGCCGGGGUACGCUGACCGCAGACCGCCGCAACAAGAAGGCCACGGCGCUCCUGAUUGGCUCCACACUGGUCUUCGCCAUCAGCUGGCUGCCCUACUACGCCCUGGAGUUUGUCAAUGUCAUGUUCCCUUACGUCAGCUUCGUUGCCUCGCCUAUCAGUCAACAACCCUCCUCCUCCCUCAACUCGUCCGCGUCCCUGUCCCCACCCACAGAGGGGGACACGGAGGUGUCUCUCCUCUGGGAGGUGGCAUCCCUGUCGGCCAUCUUGUUGGUGUGUUUGGCGCCCUGCUGGAACCCGCCCCUCUACUUCCUGUUGUCUCGCCCGGCGGUGCGUCAGCUCCGUGCCCUCCUGCCGUCGCUGAGGAAAUGCUUGGGAAGCCUGCGACCACCUAUCACCCCCGCGCCACCACAACGUUUUCCUCACCUCCGCCCUCUUCCUACUUUGUAACUACACACCACACCUUGCCACUCAGGCUGAUCCAGUGAGAUGAACACGCACGCACAAACGCACACACGCAAUUAUUCAACAGAUUGUGAUUACAUACACUCAGUGUACAAAACAUUAGGAACACCUGCUC